CAGAUGAGGUCUCAGCUAGCCGUGGGUGGUGGCCGCCCAGAGGAGUCUGCACGACCUGCCGGUCACCGGUGUGCGGCCGGCUGGGACGGUGACGGCCGCUGCCAGCCGGCCGUGCCUCCGCUGACCGGUGUCCGGCCGAGGUGCGACUCGGUGCGGCUGGGCCGACACGGUGCCAGGCCCCGGGCUGCCGCCGCCGUCACCCGCCGCGCGUUUGAGAAAGUGAGGUUGGCGGCGGCGGCGGCGGCGCCCGGCCAGUCUCGCGUCUGCCGUGAUGGCGCGCUGGUGUCUGCUGCUGGCUGCUGGCCUGCUGGCCUCCUUCGGGCCAGUGGAGUCGCAGUUUCCUCAAGACCAGGGCUUCCAGUGCCCUGCCAAGGACGGGUACUUUGCCGACCCAGACAACUGCCGAAAGUUUUACCAGUGUGUGGACGACUACCCGUACGACCAGCUCUGUCCCUCCGGACUGCACUGGGACGACAGGAGGAAACAAUGUGACUUCAAGGAUGUCGCCGAGUGCGGACCCAUCACAACCACCCCGGGUCCGCCGACCACCGAGGACCCGUACAAGGCGACGUCCUGUGACACGGCCAACUGUCCGCUGCCCAACUGCUUCUGCUCCAAGGACGGCACACUGAUCCCCGGCGGACUGGACCCCUCAGAGACGCCGCAGAUGAUCAUUCUCGCGUUGGACGGCGCCGUCAACGGUCAGAACUACGAGCACUACGUCCGGCUGUUCAACGACACCGAGCACAAGAACCCCAACGAGUGCCCGAUGCGCGGCACCUUCUUCAUCAGCCACGAGUACACCGACUACCAGAUGGUGCAGCAGCUCUACAGCAAGAGCCACGAGAUCGCCCUCUACAGCGUGACGUCACGUGACCUGUCUCGGGAGCCGUACGAGGAGUGGAUCCAAGAGAUGGUCGGUAUGCGCACCAUGCUCAACCUGUGGGCCAACGUCUCCGAGUUCGAGGUGCUCGGAAUGCGCUCCCCGAGACUGAAGCCCGGUGGCAACGAACAGUUCAAUAUGAUGCUCGACUACGGUUUCGUGUGGGACAGCUCAGUGUCGGUGCCGCCGGUACGGGUUCCCGUCUGGCCGUACACGCUCGACUACAAGAUCCCGCACGACUGUCGCUCCGGCGGCUGCCCCACAUCGCAGUACCCAGGCAUCUGGGAGGUGCCACUCAACUCUCACUACACUGAGAGCUUCGAGGGCGGUCACUGUCCCUACCUGGACCAGUGCGUGCUCUUCAACUACGAGCCCAACGAGAUCCUGACCUGGCUCCAGGAGGACUUCAACCGGCACUACGAGAACAACCGCGCGCCCUACGUCAUGUCCUUCCACACCAACUGGUUCAACGAGGCCAACCUCAUCGAGGGUCUCAACAAGUUCCUCAAGUGGGCGAGAACCAAGGACGAUACGUGGUUCGUGACGAUGACACAGGCGCUGCUGUGGAUGUCCGAUCCGGUGCCCGUCAACCAGAUCUCCCAGUUUGACGACUGGGACUGCCGCAAGCGCAAGGAGGUGCCUCCGCCAGCCUGCAACCUCCCCAACUCGUGCAAGGUGCCCUUCAAGCCGCCGCCGGAUGUGGACAAGCGCUGGAUCCCCGGCACCAGGUACAUGGGCACGUGUUUCUCGUGUCCCAAGCAGUACCCGUGGCUGUAUGAUGUGGACGGCGACGGCGGGCAGGCCGACUUCUUCGAGCCGCCAGAGUUUGAGCAGUAGAUAGGUCAGAAACGGAGAAAAAUCAAACUCAAAGGUUUUAUGCAACGUUCAGAGCAGCAGGUGUCGGUUGCAGUUGUCGGUAAACUUAUUGUUUCCACUUUUGCCACACAGACAGAAUUGCAUUUUAAGUAGUUCAUAAUGUUGUUGUCACUCUAAUUUCUAUCAGUGAAAGGAUUGUUAUUGUCGUACGUUGCGCCAGUGAUUUUGCAGUACGGGAAACACCGGGCCCGGGGCAGUCAGCGAGUUGCGGAGAGGUGGCCACAGAGGGCAGGUCGAUCGGAUGUUACGGAGAAGGUGGCGCUAGUGUAGCAAAGUUCAGGAGGACGGGUCGCACGGGGGUUCCAUGUCCUCACAGCGGAAAAGGAGAGACGGGCGGGCUCCGUGCACGCUCACGGUAUUGGCUGGACGCCCAGUGCUUGUUUUUGUUCGAAAAUACACGGGUACUGUGUACCAGCUGCGAA